GCUGCAGGCCAAGCAGGCAGAGGCACAGCGCCAGGCCCAGCGGCUGCAGGAGCGCCGCUCCACCGCGGGCUACUCCGGCAAGGUGCCCCUUGAGGUGCAGGAGGCGGACGAAGCCAAGCUCAGGCAGACAGAGGCAGAGCUCAGGAAGGUGGAGGAGGCCAUCGCGCUGUUCCAGAAGAUGCUGUGAUACCCAGCUCCAGCACUCACGGCCCCAGGGUCCACCUUGGAGACAGCAGCAAUAAAAUAUUUCACCACAAACUUGUCUGUCUGUGCAGUGGUGGGGUGGGAGGGGUGCAGAGGCCCCUGUUCCAGAGCCACAGCCGGGCUGCAGGCGGGCCGGCCCUGGGUGCUGGAGGGCGGAGGUGCACAUCCUGGGUCUGCCCCUGGCACAGUGCCAGGCCUGAGUCAUGCGCUCGCUCCCUCCUCCCCAGUCCUUACCUCCGCACUGCAGCUCGGUGAGCCCGCCUCGCCACCGUACCACCGGCUGCUUGUGGCCGGGGCCGGCAUGGGUAGAGGGCCCGGGCUGCCUGUUCUGCCCGCCUUGCCAGGUCUCCCUCCCCCUCCACGGAGGCCUGGUUAAUUAUAGCUCUGACCUGAGUGCCCUGUGACACCACCCGGGCCGGCCCUGCCCAGGAGACCCACCAACCAGGUCCAUGCCUCAGCCAUGCUCACUGCCGAGCUGCCCCUGUUCUACCUGGGCCCCUCAGUGCUGCUCCUGCUGCUGCUGUCACCCACAUCCGCCUUCUUCCCCAACAUCUGGAGCCUUCUGGCCGCCCCAGGCUCCGUCACCCACCAGGACCUGACGGAGGAGGCCGCUCUCAACAUCACCCUGCAGCUCUUCCUGGAGCAGCCGCGCCCAGGUCGGCCCCCGCUCCGCCUCGCGGACUUCCUGGGCCGCACCCUGCUCGCUGACGAGCUCUUCACCGCCUACUUUGGACCUGGGUCUCCUUCCCGGCGGUUCCGAGCAGCCCUAGGAGAGGUGUCUCGGGCCAAUGCAGCUCAGGACUUCCUGGCGGCUUCCAAGAAUGACCCUGACCUGCACUUUGAUGCAGAGCGGCUGGGCCAGGCACGCGAACGCCUGGCAGGGGCUCUGCGGGAGACCCUGGCGGCGGCCAGAGCCCUGGAGCACACGCUGGCCCGCCAGCGCCUCGGGGCCGCACUGCACGCCCUGCAGGAUUUCUACAGUCACAGCAACUGGGUGGAGCUGGGGAGGCAGCAGCCACACCCUCACCUCCUCUGGCCCAGGAGGCAGGAGCUCUGGAGCCUGGCACAAGUGGACGACCCUACCUGCUCUGAUUGUGAGGCGUUGAGCUGCCCCAGGAAUUUGCUGGGUUCCACGCUCCUCACUUCUGGCUACUUUGGAACUCAUCCUCCCAAACCUCCAGGGAAAUGUAGCCAUGGGGGCCGUUUUGACCGGAGCAGCUCCCAGCUGCCCCGGGGAGGCAUCAACAAGGACAGCACAUCCCCAGGCUUCUCCCCCCACCAUGCACUGCACCCGCAGGCUGCAAAGCUGGCCCUUCUGGCCUCCAUCCAGGCCUUCAGCCUCCUGCGAGGCCGCCUGGGAGACAGGGGCUUCUCCAGGCUGCUGGACAUCACCCCGGCCUCCAGCCUGAGCUUUGUCCUGGAUACCACGGGCAGUAUGGGCGAGGAGAUCAGCGCUGCCAAGGUGCAGGCUCGCCACAUCGUGGAGCAGCGGCGAGGCAGCCCCAUGGAGCCCGUCCACUAUGUCCUGGUGCCUUUCCAUGACCCAGGGUUUGGGCCUGUCUUCACAACCAGCGAUCCUGACAGCUUCUGGCAGCAGCUCAAUGAGAUCCAGGCCUUGGGGGGUGGAGACGAGCCCGAGAUGUGCCUGUCUGCCCUGGAGCUCGCCCUGCUGCACACGCCGCCGCUCUCGGACAUCUUUGUCUUCACGGACGCCUCCCCCAAGGACGCCUUUCUCACCAACAGGAUUGAAUCCCUGACCCGGGAGCGGCACUGCAGGGUGACGUUCCUGGUGACUGAGGAUCCUUCGAGGGGUCAGGGUCGAACUCGCCGUGAGGUCUUGUCACCUCUGCGCUUUGAGCCCUAUGAGGCAGUGGCCCUCGCGUCAGGAGGAGAAGUGAUCUUCACCAAAGACCAGCACAUUCGGGAUGUAGCGGCCAUUGUUGGGGACAGCAUAGGUGCUCUGGUGACUCUUCCCCUGGAACCUCCCGUCCUAGUGCCCGGGAGAGUAGCUAUGUUCAGUGUGGACGGGCUGCUCCAGAAGCUCACUGUCCGGAUGCAUGGGGAGAUCAGCAGCUUCUGGAUCAAGAGCCCUGCAGGGGUGUCUCAGAACCACGAGGAAGGGGUGGGUCCUCUGGGUCACACUCACCGCUUUGGCCAGUUCUGGGUGGUGACCCUGACGGACCCCCCGCAGACGGGGACUUGGAAGAUCCAGGUCGCAGCUGAGGGCGCCCCUCGGGUGAGGGUGCAAGCCCAGACCACCCUUGACUUCCUCUUCCACUUCGGGGUCCCCAUGGAGGACGGACCCCACCCUGGUCUCUACCCCCUGGCUCAGCCAGUUGCAGGGCUCCCGAUCCAGCUGCUGGUGGAAGUGACCGGGCUGGGCUCCAGAGGCCACCCCGGGGGUCGUCUGCCACACUUCUCCCACGUAGUCUUUCGAAGGGUCCCAGAGGGCACCACGCUGGGGCAGGUGGCCCUGGAGCCCAAGGGGCCCCCGGAGCGAGGUCUCCUCACGGCCUCACUGCCGCCUGCGCUGCUGUCCACCCCCGGCCCCUUCUCCCUGGAGCUGAUAGGCCAGGACGGAGGCGGGCAGGGCCUGCACAGGGCUGCGCCCCAGCCCUGCACCGUGACUCCCGUCCUGCUGGAGCUCAGUGGCCCCCCGGGUUUCUUGGCCCCGGGCAGCAAGGCCCCGCUCAGCCUCCGCCUCGCCAGCUUUUCUGGCUCUCAGGAUCUGGAGCUCAGGACCUCCGUCAAGCCGAGCUUCGUCCUCACCUCCAAUCUGUCCAGGUGAGGCCUCUGACUCCUCCUGCGGGUCCCGGAGCCACCUGUGAUUUCAGGGCGUGGGCCCGCGCCCUUCAUCUCCCAAGCCCCGCCCAGGGCCCUUCCGAUUGGUCCGCAGUCGUGA